GCCGCAGAGACGCCUACCAGACCGUUCCAUAUAGCGACACUGAUAAACUAUCGAUUUGAUCUUAUCUAAAGUUACCUAAAUGAAACAGUAUCAUAAUAUGUAAAGCUGAAAAUAUUAUUUACAAAAUGUUUUUUAAAGUUUUGGUAUUUGUGAGUUUAGUGUUAUGUUUAGAUGCGUACAAAGUAUUGGUGUUGGCUCCGACGCCGUUCAGGAGUUUGGGUGUGCUGGGUGAGGCCAUUGUGAGGCAUCUUGUUGAGGCGAAACAUGAAGUCACAUUUGUCACGGCAUUUCCAAAGGAAAAUACUAAAAACUAUCGUCAAAUCGAUGUUAGCGACAAUGCACUUGCUCUAAGCGGUAACGAUGAUGGUGCUUCAUUCACUUUAGCCUGGGUGAUGGAAAACCCUCAGCUUAUGAACGACAUUCGUUAUCUGCAAGACGUAGCGUAUAUAAUUGCAAAUGAAACAUUCCAAAAUAAACACUUUUUGAAACUUUUACAAGAUCCCAAAGAAGAAUUCGAUGUGGUCAUCAGUGAACUAUACGAAACAGAGUUAUAUGCCGCAUUGGCUGCGUUAUAUAAAUGCCCAUUAGUCUGGAGUUACUCAAUGGGUGCCCAUUGGAUGGCUCUAAGAUUGGUCGCAGAGGCCACCAAUCCAGCGUUUGCCGCGGAUUAUCUCUCACCGGAGGUACCUCCAUUCGACUUUUAUGGAAGACUCAACAAGCUUUGGCUGCAAAUUCAGUGGAGUUAUAUUAAAUGGGCCGACACAUUGCCUAAGGAAAAAGCUACUUACGAGAGAUUAUUGAAGCCGAUAUUCGAAAACCGAGGGCUGUCUCUUCCAAGCUACGACGACGUUAUGUACAACGCUUCUCUGAUAUUAGCUAAUGACUAUAAAGGAAACGGUCUGAUGCCGAGUACGCCUCAAAAUUUCCAAUUUAUUGGAGGCUACCACGUGGAGACACCUCCGAAACCGCUACCAGAAAAUAUUCAAGAAAUAUUGGACACUGCGAAACACGGUUUCAUUUACUUCAGCAUGGGCUCCAUCUGGCAAAGCAAAGACAUACCCGUCAACAUUGUCAACGGCCUGCUGAAGGUGUUUGGUGAACUGAAGGAAACAGUCAUUUGGAAAUACGAAGAUGUGCUACCUAACUUACCAAAAAAUGUUCACAUUCUAAAAUGGGCACCGCAGCCCAGCAUUUUGGCUCACCCCAAAUGUCUAUUUUUCAUCACCCACGGCGGCCACUUGUCUUCCAUCGAGACCGUCCAUUUUGGCGUGCCUACAAUAGGGAUACCGAUCUUUUUCGACCAGUUUAUCAACAUUAACAAGGCCGUAGCCAACGGAUACGCCACUAAAGUGGACCUCACUUACAAUCUCCACAACGACUUGAAGAUCGCUAUUAACAACAUGCUUGCAAAUUCGACGUUCAAAGAAAGAGCGAAGGAGUUGUCCCAGUUAUACCACGACCGCGUGGUGCCGCCAGGCAAAGAGCUGGUGCACUGGGUGGAGCACGUGGUGCGCACGCGCGGCGCGCCGCAUCUGCGCUCCCCCGCGCUGAUGCUGCCCUGGUACCAGAAGAUGUACUUAGAUGUCGCUGCAAUAAUCAUUAGUGUUGUAGCCACCGCAUUUAUUUUAUUCAUACGAUUGUUUAGUCGUAAUUCUCGCAAAGUGAACAUGGAGAAAAAGCAUAAUUAAAU